UCAGACCGUGUACCAGUACUAACAGUUGAAUUUAUGCGGUGUCUACCUCUAGCAGAAAUUCGCUGUCAGAUUGUUUAUUGCAUUUUAACAAUCUUGUUAGGGAGAAAAGUCAAAACAAGAUCCACAAAAUUGGGAGUGGUUCCUGAAGGUUAGUCCUGCUGAUAGAAAGGAAAAGCCUGCUUUCACUUAACAGAUUUUGGAGCACUGUUAAAAGAUUUUUUGCAUACCUUUAAAAAUGGGUGAUUGUUCGGAAGGCCUCUGUCCUUCGGGGGGCCCGUCUGCAGAAGGGGAAUUGGCAGGAGGGAGCAGCGUAUGCACUAAGGAGAUGACCUUGGAGCAAAAACAACAGCAACAAAUUGAACGACAGCUAAAAUGCUUGGCAUUUCAAAAUCCAGGACCUCUGCUGGCAGAUUUCAAUCCAGAAACUCGGGAACAACAAAAGAAAGUCUGUAUGUCAAUGAUAAACCAGGAUUGUUUUAAUACGACAAAGAAGACUGUGAAGAAAUAUGACAAACACGGCCAUCUGAUUUCCAAUAAAACAGAUUUGUGUGAUUGCCUAGAGAAGAACUGCCUGGGCUGCUUUUACCCUUGUCCUAAGUGUAAUUCAACCAAGUGUGGGGCAGAAUGUCGCUGCAACCGGAAAUGGGUCUAUGAGCAAAUUCAGGUGGAGGCUGGCCAAGUCAUCCGAUUUCCAUUUCGAAACAAUUAAAUCACAUUACAUUUCCU